UUCACUCGCAAUCAACUAUGGCGGCAUCCAAAAGAAAACGUGGAGGACAGGGAUCUUUUCAACAAAACGCAAAAAAGGGUAAAUUUGUGGUAGAUGAUCGCGGAAGUCAAACAGAAGCCGAGCAAAAGACGAAAAAUGAAGUUACAGUCCCAGCACCAGUUUCUAAGGGCAAAUGGACCAACAAGGAAAGGGUUCUCAUCUUUUCUUCAAGAGGAAUAAACUUCAGAACAAGACACUUGAUGCAGGACCUGAGGACCAUGAUGCCUCAUUCAAAAGCUGAUACAAAAAUGGACAGGAAGGACAAAUUAUUUGUUGUCAAUGAGGUUUGCGAGAUCAAAAACUGCAACAAAUGCAUCUUUUUUGAGGCCAAGAAAAAGCAGGACUUGUACAUGUGGAUCUCUAACAGUCCUCAUGGACCUUCUGCUAAGUUUCUGGUGCAGAACAUUCAUACACUGGCUGAGCUCAAAAUGACAGGAAACUGCCUGAAAGGAUCCAGACCGCUGCUCUCGUUUGACCCUAAAUUUGAUGCUGAGCCCCAGUAUGCUGUACUGAAGGAGCUCUUCAUUCAGACAUUUUCCACUCCCCGCUACCAUCCUAAGAGUCAGCCUUUUGUGGACCACGUCUUCACAUUCUCCAUCACUGACAACAGAAUAUGGUUUAGAAACUACCAGAUAAUGGAGGAGGAUGCUUCGCUGGUGGAGAUCGGUCCUCGAUUUGUUCUCAACCUCAUUAAGAUCUUCCAUGGAAGCUUUGGAGGGCCCACACUGUUUGAAAACCCACACUUCCGGUCCCCUAACUUGCACCGGCGCGAUCUGCGGCUAUCGGCAGCAGCCAAAGUGCGCGAGAAGCAGCUGGUGAAGGAUCUAAAGAAAGUAAAGAAGACAGAAGUGCAUGAAAACAAGGACGAUGAUGUUACAGCAGAUGUCUUCCUCACGCCGGCUGAGGAGAAGCCUGUUCACAUUCAGACAGAGGCGCCGGAGCCAAAGCUGGUGAAGAAGAAGAGAAGCAAACCUUUCAAAAGGCAGAGGAUGCAGAGGGCUCGAAAAUAACCGAAUGGACUGGAUUUACUUGAAUGGAUGACUUCUGCUGGCCAUAAUUUAUCUCAUGUUUUCUGUCCCAUAUUAUGAGUUUCUGGUUGGCUUCUCUGAACACACUUUGUUCUUAGAGAAAUGUUUGUCUCAUCAUGAUAUGACUGGUGAUUUCUAUUUCCACGUGACAAAUGUGCAGAUGGUUACAAAACUUCAAUAUUAAUUACCAAACCUUUUAAUAAAAGUUAAUGCUUAAAAAUUUGA